UUUUCACAAAGUUUAUCAGGUCAAAAGUCAGCAAUAGUAAAACUAAAAAUUCAACAGAAAAAAAACUUUAUAACAAUGUCUGGUAUUGGAAUAGAUUUCGGUAAUGAGAACUGCCGUGUCGCAACAACACGAUGUGGUGGCAUUGAGAUGCUGCUUAACGAUUACAAUCUCCGGAGCACUCCUUCAUAUGUGGCUUUUAAUGAUAAGAAACGUAUUAUUGGCGUUGCUGCCAAAUAUCAGCAAAUAACAAACAUUAAAAACACUGUUUCCGGAAUUAAGAUUUUCCUUGGACGUAUUAUAGAGGAUCCAUAUGUUCGGACAGAACUUAGACGUAUUCCAGUGCAUGUAACUGAAUUAGGUGACGGAAGAAUUGCAUUUUCUGUGCAGUUUUUGAAUCAAAGUAAAUGCUUUGGACUUGAAUCUUUGACGAGUAUGUUGUUUACCAAACUGAAGCAGAUAUCACAAGCUUCUUUAAAAUCCAAAGUCAAAACUUGCGUAAUAUCCUGUCCGACGUUUUUUACAAAUGUCGAGCGUCUUAUCCUACUGGACGCAGCUCGCAUUGCUGGUCUUAAAGUUUUACGCCUGAUAAAUGAGACAACAGCAACAGCUUUGGCAUACGGUUUUUAUAGGAAUGACAUGUUUACUGAGAAGCCUCAUAAUGUGAUAUUCGUUGAUUUUGGUCAUUCGUCCCUGCAGGUGAGUGCCUGUUGCUUUACCAAGGAUAAUUUAAAAAUGCUCGCCAGUGCUUGGGAUCAAAUUGGUGGUCGUGACUUUGAUAAAGCCCUUGCCGAUCAUUUUUGCAUUUCCAUGCAAGGACGGGCUCCAGGGCGUUUUAAAAUCAAUCCAAAGUCAAAUGCUCGUGCCUAUUUACGUUUAUUGACUGCAGUGGAGAAAUUAAAAAAGGAAAUGUCUAUCACUACCACUAAAUUGCCAUUAAAUAUUGACAAUGAUGACAUGGAUAUCGGCGCUUCCAUGCAACAAAGUGAAAUGAAACAAAUUUGUGCAAAAAUUUUGCAGCGCGUUGAACAGACAUUUAGGCGACUGCUUAAAGAAUCAAGACUGCAACUAAACCAAAUAUCUGCAUUAGAAUUAGUUGGGGGCAGCUCACGCAUUCCAGCUGUAAAGCUUAUAGCUGAAAAGGUUUUUAAAAUCUCUGCUACCACUAGGUUAAAUCAAGACGAAGCUGUCUCACGUGGUGCUGCUAUACAGUGCGCCAUGUUAUGCCCAACUGUUAGGGUCCGACAAUUUUCCAUUACGGAUACUUUAAACUUUGAUGUGUAUUUGUUAUGGAACGAUGGCUUAUCUUCUGGAAAAAUUCCCGUUUUUGACAAGUUUCAUGAAUCACCAUUUACUCGUUCGGUUACCAUCAAGUGUAGGAUACCAUUCACUGUCUGUUUGACAUAUGCGGAUCGAAAUAUGGGGGUCUUUACAUUUGGAGAUCAUGUUGAAAACAAUGAAGUAAAAGUAAUUCAACUUAAAAUCGUAAUUAAUUCCGAUAAUAUAGUAACUGUGGUCUCAGCAUCCGUUCUGCAAAUGACAGUAUUUUCAACUGAGAAAAUAGCAAUAAAAUUAACAACAAAGUCAUUUGGAAACAAUUCGAUCCUAUUGAAAUUAUGGAAACGACGAGAAGCCGAAAUGAUGGCCAUAGAUCGCAAGGAAACAAAACGCAUUAAUGCACAAAAUAAUUUAGAAAGAUUUAUCUACGAAAUGCGUAGAAAGUUGCAAGAUGGUUCCUUGGAAAAAUAUGUUCAAAAAUUUAAACGUCAAUGGAUUAUGUUGCAGCUGAAUUUAGCCGAAGAAUGGCUCUAUAAGGACGGCAAUAAUUGUGAAUAUGAAUCUUAUAUGAAGUGUCUGCAUAAAUUGAAGAAGCAUAUUACUCCAAUUAAGCGGCGUGCCGUAAAUUAUGAGGAAUGCCCUGCAAUUUUUAAUUAUAUUAAAAAUAGCAUAUUUCUUACCCAACAAGCCGUGGCCGAUUUCCAUAUGGGUUUGCCGAAAUACAACCAUGUGAAGGCAGAUGACUUGCUACAUAUUGUUCAAGUCACAGAGAAUAAAAAUAAAUGGUUAAUAGAAAUAAUGAAUGACUUCUUCCAAACGCCACGCACUGUAGAUUGUUCUAUUCGGUUGGCUAAUUUGCAGAAGGAAUCUGAAUUAUUGAAUCGCCUAAUCGAUUCCGUGCUAAAGCCCCAAAAAUAUUGCAUCAAGAAAUGGUUACCGUCUAUAUGCGCUGCUCCUAGCGCUACCCAGAAGAUCUAAAAUCGAGCAUAAAUCAUUUAUUUUGUUUAUACAACAUACCUGAAUUUUUAGUUUAUUUGUUUAAUGCUAUAAUAAAAUAACUCAUUUCCACAACAAA